UCAUCAGCGGUUGUAGCUAGCUAGCUACCAGACCGUUUUCACCUCCUGUUUGAGACGUGCAAACCAACGAUAGCUCACUUUUUUCUUCUUCUUUUUUUCUUCUCUCGGUCCGGUUUGUCAGACUUCAGCAUCUUGCAUCAACCGUCAAUCGAUUUCGAGUAUGGUUACCGAUGGCAGUGCCGAAAGCCGUAAGCGCGCUCGAGCUACACCCGUAGAUCGAGAGCGUAUGAUUCCAUGGUCCUUCAAAAAGCGAAAGCUGGAUGCCAACGGCAAUCCCCUCGCAUCCUCCCCCAAGACGCCGAAAACAAAGCCUGGCACCAAAUCCUCGACCAUCAAGAAGGCUGCUCGUAAAAUAGAAUCGUCUCCCGCCUCGGCCUAUGACGUACCAGACUCUCCAGAAGACAACCCGCCACAACGAAUCCGCAACGUUAGAAGCGUUGACCGACCGACCGCCAAAGUCCCGAUCCCGCCUCGUGGCAACAUCGAUGCCGACAUCUACGAUAUCUGCGGGUCCGACGAUGAGCUGCACUCGAGCCCGAAGGAGGUGAUUGCGCUCAAGACGAGCCCUGUGAAGAAGAAGAGCACUGCUGCGGCGAACCAAGGAUCGAGCGGGGUCGGUGCAGGAAACACGAUUAGAAAACGGGCGUUUCAGAAGCAAGGAACAAAGAAAAAGGCGGAUCAGGACGAAGAGGUUGCCACAGUAGAGGACUCGUCCUCUCAGGUUCGGUCAAGCGGAAGGCGCAGGAUCCCAACCGCAAAGGUGCUCGAAGUGCAGGAGGAGAAGCUGGCGAGUCGUUCAGCCACCCCGACGUCACGCGCAAGGUCUUCUGCGCCGGCACAGGAUGCCGUAGUGUCGAAGAGUACUACUGCGAAACCGCAGCGCAUUUUCUCUGUGCCCCUGAAGGGUAUUUUGACGCCAUCGAAGCAGGAUGGUACGCCGAGGCGAAGCAAGAGCGUCGCCUUCAACUCAGUCAAUGAUCAUGAUAAAGAGGUCUUUUUUGAAGACCUUCCGACUACGUCUGGGAGAGACCGGAAGCCUUCACAGAAACUAGUGGAGGCGGACACGACGGCGACAAACUGCCCAAAGUCUUCAAAAGCGCCCGUGAAGGUGUCCGAGGAAGAACUGGCAGAGGAGGAGACCGAGGCACCGAAAAAAGAACAAGCGGCCGAGGAGUCAGAAGAAGAAGAAGACGAUGAUGUGUGCCUGGUAUGCUCAAAACCCGAUUCCAAGCCCGGUAACCGGAUUCUGUUCUGCGAUGGCUGCGACAAGGCCUACCACCAGAAAUGCUACAAAGUCCCCAAGGUUCCCCGAGGUGACUGGUACUGCAACGAGUGCGUUCAGCAGAAACAAUCACGAGCGGCGGCUGCGGACGAGGCGGUCAAGAUACCCAACGUUGAGCAACACCUCAACAGCUUGAAACGGGUGUUGCUAGAUCGUUGCACCGGGCGCAGACGUAUUAAGCUGAUUGAUCAGGAUGAGGCUAUGGAGAAGGCACACCAGUUGGUGGAGCAGACCGUGUUAUCGGGGGAAGGAAACUCGAUGCUGAUCAUCGGCGCCAGGGGCUGUGGCAAGACUACGCUAAUUGAGAGCAUCAUUGGCGACAUGUCUCGGCAGCAUAAACAAGAGUUUCACGUGGUAAGGUUGAACGGGUUUAUCCAUACGGACGACAAGCUAGCUCUCAAAGAAAUCUGGCGGCAGUUGGGCAAGGAGAUGGACGCCGAGGAUGAGGUCAAUGCUCGGUCAAACUACGCCGAUACCAUGGCCUCGCUGCUCGCCCUCCUCUCCCACCCUUCGGAAAUGGCGCAGGCGGAAGCAGGUGUGACCUCUCAGGCGGUCGUCUUCGUCAUUGAUGAGUUCGACAUGUUUGCCACGCAUCCCCGCCAAACCUUGCUCUAUAACCUGUUCGAUAUCGCGCAGGCGCGCAAGGCCCCAAUCGCGGUGCUGGGUUGCACGACCCGCAUGGAUGUGGUGGAAAUGCUCGAGAAGCGCGUCAAGAGUCGUUUCAGCCAUCGCUACGUCUACCUGUCGCUCCCGAAGAGCUUGCCAGCGUACUGGAAAGUGUGCAAGCAGGGUCUGAGCGUGGACGACGAGGACAUGGAGGUUGAAGGCAUCGACGUGAGCAUCGCUGGGCACGAAGCCUUCCAUACCAACUGGAAGGCGAAGAUCGACGCCCUCCACAAGGAUAAAUCAUUACAGAAUCUUCUGCAAUAUCAUUACGCAACAUCAAAGUCCGUCUCGGCAUUCCUGUCAGAAUGCAUACUUCCCUUGUCACGUUUAUCACCAGGUUCUUUAAACCUCGUCAUCUCGUCGCAGAACGGCCCCGGUUCCAGUGUGUCUUUAACCCCGCCAAACUCCAAACUGCACAUCCUACCGUCACUCUCGGAGCUGGACUUGGGCCUUCUCAUCGCAGCAGCCCGACUGGACAUCGUGGCACACACGGACACGGUCAACUUUGCAAUGGCGUACGACGAGUACGGCUCGCUGAUGGGCCGACAGCGCGUACAGUCGGCAAGCUCGGGGAUGCUGGCGCUCGGAGGCGGCGUGCGGGUGUGGGGCCGCGGGGUCGCGGGGCUGGCAUGGGAACGGCUUGUCGCGCUGGGGUUGCUGGUGCCGGCCGGGCUCGGGACUGGUCGGGCGUCCGGGUACGGGGGGCUGGAGGGGAAGAUGUGGAAGGUCGACAUGGCGCUGGAAGAGAUUCCUGUGGGGGUCAAGUUGAACAACGUGUUGGCGAGGUGGUGUAAGGAGAUUUGAAGCAGCAUGGCGUCGGGUUCCGCCCCUCUCGAGCGGAGAGUAGAGAGACAUCAUUACACACGGACCGAGAUGUAUAGUGGGACAAUGGACCCCCAGCCCGUUUAUGACACCAAACCCUGCCGUGUAUCAGCCGCGAGGGGAGGACCGAGGCUGCUUCACCCGAAGAUUGACUGUUUGACGGCGGCGAAGGACCGUUGAAGUAGGGGGGGGGGGGGCGGCUGCAAGUGUUGCUGAUUUCAAGUCUGGCGCCAUGACUGUGCGGCGUGCGCUGCGCGCUGGUUGUGUGUUCGUGGUAUGCAACCGCUGCACUAAGGUGGCACGACGUGGCUUUACUCAUUUCGUUGCCGCCGCUGCCAUGGUUGGAAUCGUCCCAUGCAGAGCGUUUCUCGUUUUGAGUGAGUAUGAAGGCCGACUUUU